CCGCAAUAAUCGAUGCUAAGUAAUACUGCCUACCAAAUAUGUUCAGAUAUUUAACGUUAAUUUUUUCUUUGUGGACAUUCGCGGAAAGCGGAGAAAAAUGGCACACAUCACAGACGACCUUGAUACAGUUAUACGAAUUGCAAAAAGAACAUUUUAACGCCUUUGAUGGGUACAUAAAUGCGGAAACAAAACGUUUAGAGGAAUUGAAAAAGUAAUAACCGUAUUAUAAUUUAUUAAACUUUCAUACCUAUAACUAUAUAUUAAUAAAAUAAUUUCUAAAAUGUCAUAUUGCUGUAGAAUAAAUUAUUAUAAGAUCGAAUACGAAUACAAAUUCUUUUAUCGAAUAUUAAGGUAGUUUUGCGUAUUAAAAAAAAAAAAAAAAAAAACAUUAAUAGGUAUAUAUUAGCCAUUGAUUUUAUAAUAUACAGAUAAGCCACGGUUUCAUUAAAAUCCGACAGAUAUCACUAUUGUAUUUGUUGAAAUUUGUAAACUAGUUAUUUGUGUAGAUUUUAGAUGCCGAAUCCGCAUAUCAUAGGUGCUAACUAGCUGUUGCUGACCCGACUGUUGGAUUGUUAUUUUUCGUCUACUUGCUAAUAUUUAAAUUAAAUAAAAUUAAAUCAAUUAUAAUAAUAUUUUUUUAAAUUAUUUUGAUAUUUUUAUUUACUUCACUACGGAAGGUUAUGAUUUUAGGCGUCUAUGUAUGUUUGUGUUUUCCUUCGUACAUCCUAUAAUAAUAGAUCGAUUUUUACGUAUGAGAUGUCUUUCAAUUCGUUACGAUUUCACGAGUGUAAUCUUGCAAAAUAUUUUUCACCGAAUAAAGUGCGUUAAAGACUAAAUAGUAAAUAUAGAUUUAAACAAAAUACGUUUUUUUUUUUUACAUUUUAAAAAUAAAAUAAGUUACACAAUUUUAAUAUUAUAUUUAUUUUUUAUAAUAUAUACAUUAAUACAUUAUACACACUUCAUGAUCGUUAAAGUUUAAACAUAAUAAGUUCUAAUGUAAAUAAAUAAAUAAUAAAUAAUAGUUUUAAAGUACAAUUAAAAUGAAUACAUAUUAUACAAAUCACUAACUAAUUACAAUUAAUGUCCAGUAUACCAUAGAUUUUAUAAUAUACUGUAUACAUAUACAUAUUAUAUUUUAUAAAAUCAAUGAAUAUAUACACAAAUUAUAUUAAAUAUAAUCCUACGAUUUUUUUUUCUGUGGACAACUUUUCUACUAGCAAUUUUGCUCCAACUUUUAAUGAUAGUAAUGUAUCUAAAAGGAAAUUUCAUAAGGGAGGUACUUAAGAGAGGUCAUUUUUUGGUUUUCCCAAGAGUUUCCCAGCAAAUGUGAAGAACUGGGAUAAAACAUGGGAAAACCGGAAAAAACGUAGAGAAACUAGGAAAAUUGGUACAACAUUAAAUAAAUUUAAUUAAAGAAAAUAUAUAACGCCUAUUUAAUUAUUUUACUACAAAAUGACAUAUAUAUUGUUGACAAAGCAUCAUUAUAAACUGAAUUCCGCUCAGAAUCGUUUUUUUCGUAAGCAAUGGUUUAUCGUUGAUUAUAGAUAUACCUUCAAUUCCUGUCUAUAUCCUACCUUCCCAACUUCUUAGUUGCACCAGUGGCAGCUCCCGUCCCCAUUAUUUUACCUUUUAUUUUUUAGAUUGAAUUUGUAUUUUAUUUUUUUAUUUUACCUAGGUGUAGAGUAAUUCAUGUUAGGACUUCAUUUAGGUAUAGUGAUAACAUCAGGGCUUGAAAAUAAUAAUUCUUUUACGUCAGAAGUAGCUUGAUGUUCAUAACGUUUUAGACAUUAGGAAUUUAAAAUAACAGGAUGACAAUUUUUCUUCUCUUUCGGUAUGUCCUAACUCAAAAAAAUUAUCUGAUUUUAACACUUAUUCACUUAAUUAGUUUGUUAUUUAAAAGUACAAAAUAAAUUAUAAUUAGUCGUAUUUUAGAUUCCGAACGAAGCGAGGAAUGCAUUUGUUUUACAAUGAUAUGUAUUUCUUUUUUUUUUAUUAUUGGUUUCUACCAGAAAUUUUGAUCUGAUUUUCAAUUAUAACACUUUUCCUAAAAGGAAAUCUGAGUGGGAAAAGCAUAGGAAAGACGGGAAAAUGUAUGAAAAUUUGGCUUGAGGGUAUCCAAAAAGUGUAUUUUAUAUUGAAAACAUAUAAACCAGUAAGUAUAAACAAAAAUAUGCAAAACAAAAAACAACAAUUGAAUAGCGUUAUGCAGAAAGCAACAAACUAAAUGUUACCAAAAUUCUAAGCAGAUUUUAAAACUAAAAUAUUUUCUAACUUUUUGGAGUAGAUUGUUGAUCAUCCUGGAAUUGAUAUGAAUUUGCAGUUGCUUUAAACUUUGCCAUUUUGCUAUCCAUAAAACAAUCGGGUGAAAAAUGUUCUUAACAUUAAUACCUAUUGUGCAAUUUGCAUUCAUCAAGAGAUAAUAGUUUUAUAAUUCCUAAAAUAAUAAAUUAUUAGGUAUGCCAAAAAAAAUUAUCAUUUUUUUAAAAUACAAUUUUUGUCUAACCUGUAUUAAUGAUCCAAAUUUCUAAUCUGUUUUUGUCUUUUAGAAAUUUUAACAUCUUUAUAUUUGGAAAAUUGUUUAGAAUUUUUACAACUAAUAUAAUGGCAUAUGUUUUUCCAGAUAUUUUAGGUUUAAUUUUCGAGCUCGACAAAAUAAUUAAAAUUUAGUAUGUUUUAAAACUUAGGUCAUUUGAAUUUUUUUAACCCCCUCCAAAAAAAUAAAUAAAUAUGGUUCUAUAUACGCGCCUGAUAGUAUCUAAUAAUACAUUUGUUUAUAAAUUAUAAUUUGUUUAUUACUUUAUUUAAUACACAUAAGUAAUAAACCUGAUAAUUUAUUAUUAAUAACAAUUAUUAACUUACAUCAAGGCAUACACCAAGGAUGGCGACAUCACUCGAAUGCAAACGAAUACAGUGACAUCUAGCAGCAUAAUGCAUUUAGCCGCUUCUACUAUUAACAUUAGGAUGGCUUAUUUGUAUAUUAUAAAAUCAAUGUAUUAAUUAAUUACGAUUUUUAUAGUUAUUUAACCGAAAUAUACAAGUGGUACGAUCGAAAAAUGUUGGACAAAAAUCCCUACUGCAGUCACAUUAAUGGAUUCAUAGUGAUGAAACAAAUACAGUUGCGAAUGCGCAAAAUUAACAGUUUGAUGAUUAAUAAACAGUCUGCGGACGGUUAGUAAAAGUACCUAUAAUCAUACUGUCCGUUGAUGUAUCAUGUCUAUCACGCGGAUUAAUAUAUUAAUGGGUUUUAAUAAUUAUAUAAUAUAGCCCUAAAAAUAAUCAACAGCGAUAAAGACCUCAGCGGUGAUCAUGUGAUUUUCGCAAUUAAAGGACUGGUGAGACUUCAAAAAUUUUACGAGAUACCAGUGUCUGACAUGGUGGCGGGAAGACACAAAGGUCGAAACAUCGGCGAUCAGUUGAACGGUAAGUAUAUUAAUAAACAUACAGACAAAUGGUUGGAACUCGGUACAUGGUGACCUAAAGGAAGGGGGGAGGGUUAGGAAUGAAAAUUUUACAUUUAAAAACCGUUAAGAUGUCUAUUUCUACCUAAAAAUACUUUCUAUAAAUUAACAACCUUUGUUUUAUGAUUAUAGUAAUUUAAAUCAAAUUUGAUAAAUCAUAAUAAACAAAUAGGAAAACAAUGCAUCAUAAGCUUUACACUUAUAGUUUAUUGAGUUUAUAUAUAAACGUGUAUACGGUUUUUAAAAUGUAACUUAAUAUUUUUAAAAAUGUUCUAUGUUUAAAUGUUCUACUUUUUUUUUUAUGUAUAAAGCUUGCGAAUGUUAUGUUAUUUCAUUGAAUUGUUUCGCGACACACGACAUUUACGGUAGCUUAGAUUGGGCCAUUCAAGCUCACGAUAAAUGGAUUACUGACGGUAAACCAAAAUGUAUAAAUAUCGGAAGGUUAAGGAACUUGAUAGUUUCGUUUUCGUUGCAUGCAGGUGAUAUUCUAACAUUAUUAUUAUAUUGUCUAAAAAACCUUCUAAAACUAUCUUAUUCUCGUGUGCUAUUAUUGAAUAAGUUAUAGUCUAUUUCAAAAACUCCUUUUUAUCUAAUUAUUUUGAGCUAUUUUUGAUUAUUACCUAAUAAUACCCGACGUUUUCUAACGGCGUCGAAAUUAUAUUUGAAACGAAAAUAAUUCUAAAUAUCAUUAUCAUAUCAAAUUUCCUUUUUGUAUUUGAAAUCUGCGUAUAACUGAACUGAAUUUAGGUAUAUUGACAAUUGCGAAAUCGUUGAUCGUCUAUGUAGAGUAUUUAUUAUGAAUAGGAUGCAACUACACAACUGAAAUAAAUUCAUCUAAUGAAACACGAUAUUCUGAAAAAGACGAAAAUUACAUGCGACAUGUUAUACUCAUGAAAAAUGAUGUACUAUUAAUCGAUCGAAACGAGAGCAAAUCGUCGUUGGAUAUAACAUAUGGACUUGACGCGAAUCGUGUAAGAAUAAUUAUUUUAAAAACAAUUGUGUAAAACUAAGUAAUGCGUAUUAAUUUAAAUACUAUGUAUGUUUAAAGUUUUACGAACAGUGUCCCUUUGCAAAUAAAUUCAAAGAUUUAUGUACACUCGGCGAAUCCACACGAACGUUAACGAAAUACUCUAAAUGUCGAUACCAAACCAAAAAUUCCACUCAUCGAUUAUUGAUGCCUUUUAAAGAAGAAGAUAUAAGCGACGACCCAAGUAUAAAAAUAUAUCACGAUGUUUUAUACGACGAUGAAAUCGAAACGAUUAAAACUAUGAGUAUUAAAAACGUAAGUGAUACAUGUUGUAUCGAUACUAUUUUCGGUACCAAAUGAUGGAAGUGCUUACUUCCUAAACAUUAUAUCUACCAUGUCUUGCGGGUAUAUUUUCAAACACAGAGUUGGGUAUAAGUCAAAAAAGUAGACACGAUAAUUUUACAAGUAUAUUUAUUUCAGCUAAAAAAUAUUCUAACUUUUAAUUAAAUUACAAGUCUAUCUAGCGUGAAAGUGCUUGCAGAUGAUAGUGGUAAGACUUAUCUGAAAAAGCAUUCUCGGCGACCCAUAUAUAUGCCCUGAACCUCCAGCUAGAUAUGCUUAGUUCACACUUUUCGACAACAUGUUAAUACGUAGUCGAGUGAUAACCCGUACAUCGGCCCCUCCAUCCGGGUCUUGUGAGAAUACGCGCAUAGGUAUUUUAUCAUACAGAGUAAUUAUAAACUGAUCUUAUUGAUUUAUCUAUUCUGCUAAAAUAGUUCGUUUGCGGUCAUUCGCAUUGCGCCAGAACCUUGGUAGAUAAUUGUCCGAGCCAUCUGGUACGCCCGAAAUUGGCCGCGGCUGAGGCGGAUUUAGAAACCUGUCCCCGUCCGAAGAAUGUAGAUUUGAUACCGGACAACUAUAGCCUGUCUAAUUUGACCUGACGAAUGAAUUAUUUAUUAUAACUUUGUGACUCGUACUUUAUAUUAGUACCCUAUUGCUGCACUGUGCAAUACAAUAUUACUCGUAUAAUAUUUAAAGGGAAUAAACCGACGCCCAUAACACUUGCACGCAUACCUAAUUGUAUUAGACCUGUAUAAAUAUAUAUAUAUAUAUUUGUUUAACUCUUUUUGGUAUUCCCUAUACUGGCUAUAAGUAAACUCCUACAAAAAUGACAUUUUUACCUGUAUAUAAAACAUAUGUAAAUUCUUACAUAGUCCCUUUUUACCUGCCAAAAAUAGAUAGUUUAAUCUCCUACACAGAUCUUUUUACAUUUAUAUCAGUAUAACGAGGAAUGUAUAUUGGUUUUACAAUGACGUUUAAUUGAGAUAGUUACACUCAAGUGGGAAAAAACGUACAAUUGUACGAUUUCAUUAUUUUAUUUAAACACACAAGACGUUAUAUACCAGAAAUAGUUCUCUAACGGAAAAAUGAUAAGAGAUCUUUUUUGUUGCAUUUUGGAUAAAUAUUCCUAGAGACUUAUGAAUGUAAGAUAAUAAAAUGUAAAAUAAAAUGUAGUAAACAUAUUAAUACAAGGUAUCGUAUCGAAAAUUCUCGAACAUUUUAAUAACGUCCAUGUUAUUUCCGUAAAUUGGAAAUACAACAACCUCUACCUCUUAUUUUUGUAGACUAUGACUGAUUUUUACUUAUUUUAAAAUACCUUAUUUUACUUUUUACAACUUUACAAUUAUAUUGUGUAGGAGUAAUACUAUCUUUUGAAGGAGUUAACACUACAUAAAUGUAGGACAUUACCUACUUUUUUAGGAGUUUACCCCCUCCCCCUAUUCUUCGUUGGUGUAACAACUUUUAGAAUCUUAUGUAUACACUAUAAUAACGAAUAUAGAUAUUUUAUAAUUUAAUACAUUUUGUUUAGAUGGUCGAUUCAAGAGUUGUAGAUUCAAAAAUGACCGGUGGUAACUUUAACGAAAAGCAUCGAUCGGGUAAGACCAGUCGAAUAAAAAAUAUCCAUGGAUCAUUAAACGCUAGAAUAGAAUCUUUUACUGGUCGAAAUACGCAGACAGCCGAAGACUAUCAAAUAGUCAAUUAUGGUUUAUGCGGUCAUUAUAUGCCGCACUAUGAUGUAUUUUCUAAAAAACAUUCCGUAUGUAAAAUAAAUAUUGAUGUAUUCAAUAAAAAGUUAAGAAAAGUCAUCGAUUUGAAUGUUUAUUAUAUUUUCAGUUAUCCAGACAAUUCGGUAACAGAUUAAUGACAGUAUUAUUUUAUGUGCGUAAAAAUACCUGAUAAUAAUAAUAACAAUAAUAAUAAUAAUAAUAUAAUAAUAUUUUUGUCUGUGAGGUCAAAGUAAUGACUAUUUUGUUAUUAGCUGAACGACGUUCAAAAGGACGGUUAUACAGUAUUUCCAAUGUUAAACAUCGUUUCUCCGGCUGAAAAAGGAGCCGCACUGGUUUGGUAUAAUAUGCAUACGUCCGAUGGUCGUGAUCACCAACAAUCUCUGCACGGAUCAUGUCCUUUGUUGAAAGGAAAUAAAUGGAGUUAGUAAUAUUUUCGCAUUCAAUAAUUCAUCUAAAGGUUCAAAAAUUCCCCGAUUAAUAAAUGUUAAUCGAAUUGUUGCAUAAUAAUUUGUACGACGCAUUGUGAAGCCAUUUGCUUAUAAUAAUUCAAGUAGGUAGGUACUUUAGCGGAGAAAUUUAUUUAUUUUUUCAUCACAUUCUUGUGUGUUUUGAACUUUUAUUAGUCACUUGAUAUGUAAAGUGAAACUCGUUGACUCCAAAAACCCCACACUUGUGAUAAAAAUACAAGACAAAACACUUUUGAUGGGUUAAAACCUUUUUUAAUACAUUUUUAAAAUUGUUUUAUCAAAAAACCGCAAAUUUUAUAAUCAUGUAUAAUCUAUUAUUUAUUAUUUAUAUAUUUAUAAAAAAAAAAUAAAUAAAAAAAAAAAGGACUAAUGGUCGGGCAAUCUACGAUAAGAUGUAAGCAUUUUUAUGUUACAGAUUAUUUUAAAAUUAUAAAUACAACGUGCGUCUGUACACAAGACAUUAACGUGAGGAAUUUACCCACUUUAUUGGACUAUACAAUGUAACUAUACCUACCUGGCAUCCGAUAAAAUGUGUAGUUUUUAUUGACUCACCUUUUUUGAAUUAAAAUCAUAAUAUGUGUGCGGUUUUUGGUUAAAAUUAUAGGUAAAACGGCAAAUAUUUACGGCGUGCCGUCGUAAAUAUGUAAUUUUCAUAAAAUACUUAUAUUGGCCUUUUGUAGACAUGGUAUAGUUUUCAAAACAUUAUUUUCUCAUUUCUAGACUAUUUAUAGGUAUUUAAUAUUUUCGUGUUUUAUAUGUAUUUUUAUUUGGUAGUUAUAGGCGUUAUUAAAAUUAUAUGACUUAAAAAUAAUAUUUGAAAAUUUAAUACAUGAUACAUUACGAGUUGCACUAAGCAGCAAAAAAAAUAAAUUUGAGUUUUAUGUAUUAGUUUUUUUUUAUAAGCAUUUUAUGAUAAAAUUUAACGAAAAUCAUAAAAACUACGGCAUUUCAAAAUAUGUCUUACCGAACUUCGCUCUGAAUCGUUUUUCAUUAUAAUAGUUUAUAUUUACGUACGGAUAUAAAUCAAAUAACUUUAUGUAUACUACCUGUCUCCAAUAUCAGCUCUUUUUUUAUAUUUUAGUUAUGACCAGAUGGUUAUAUGAAGAAGGACAAGAUUUGCCUUAUAAUUGGAGAAAAUUACAGUCUGACUGACGAGACACAAGAAAGUAUAAAAAUUCAGUGGCGAUGUUAAGGACCGACUGGACUGGCCAUGGUCCUCCUUGAAAUCCUUUGACCCGUCUACCCACAUUCAAUAUUUUAAUGUUUUAAAAUAUCUACUUAAAAUGUAAUGUUUUGUAAUUUUUCUUACUAUAAAUAUUAACCUAUGCACAAAUUAAAAGAUUAUGAAAAAUGUGGCUACAUUGAUCUAAAUCGUUAUCCAUGGAGAUACUGAUCUUCUCUUUCGCUUUCAAAGCAACUAUUUCGGGAAGGCCACUGUUAUAGGUAAUUUAAUGUAUACCUGUAAGCAACGAUAAACUAUUGCCUACAAAAAAAAGAUUCUGAGUGGAGUUAAGUUGAUAGUGAUGCUUUGUAAACAAUAUACAUAUAUGCCAUACUAUAGUAAAAUAAUUGAG